AUUUUAAAAACGACGGUACAGUUUGGAUGGAUGAGACCAAGUGUGUAUAAGAUGAUCGUAUAUUCGCGGGCUCAGCAGUGAAAACCGUGUUCCCCCAGCUGUAAAUGUACCCCGUUGAAAAGGCUCUGGGAUCACGGAAAACACUGCACGAGUACUGGCACAUUCUUCGAACGUGUUUAUCAUCGUCACUCUUACCCAUCGUCCAUCGUUCCGUCUUUCUCCAGUUGGCGCGCACAAUCGACGAACAUACACAGCCGCCAGGCAUACGCAAAUUAUUUCACCAUCGCUUGUUCAAAGCGUGUGUAGAGUACAGUGCGUACGUCGGUCGACCGGAAAAUGUCGUUCCUGAAAUAAAUUGCAUUCGAGUGAGGAGAGUUUUUAAAGUCACUCUUUUUUCUUUUCCAUUCGAGUCGUUUAUUCGAGUGUCCGAGUGAUGAAUUUCUUUUCAACAUUUCAGCGGUUGUGAAGAGAAUAUAUAUGUCGUAAAUCGGAUACACCUGUUUCGUCGGAAUAGUCUUGCGUAGCAGCUGAACAACACGUAGGUCCCGAUCGUCGUUGCAAAGCUACUUUGUAAUUGCUGUGCAAGAUCCCAGCCGUUAGAGCGCCGUUCACCUCGAGCCUUCUGUACUUUCUAAAACCGCUUACUUUCGUAACUUGGCAAAUACCGCCGGCCUCGUGCCACGUACAUACUGGCUCGUUGUUGAUUACGGACCUACAUUUCUUUUUUUUUUUUUUUUUUUUUUUUUUCUCUCUAGCGAACCGCUCCGUUGUCAUUCUCCAUGUAAAACAAGUGUGUUGGUUUCACAGAUCGCGUCUAGCUUCUAGCUUCUCUCCGCAUUUAUCUUUUUUUUUUUUUUUUUUGCAUUUUUGAAGAAACUCCUUAAACGCACAUUUUUCGUGAUUUCAGGCCUCAAGCGUUUUUGAUACAGUCCGUACAUCGAAGAUCAUGAAACGUAGUUCGAAUGUUCGGUGAUUGUCCCGAAAUAAGAAAAGGACUUGCGCAACGAGAGAGAGAGAGAAAACGGUAUUUUCAGUGAGUUAAGUUCGCGUUAGAAAAGGAUAGUACUUGUACUAUAUGAUUUUUUGUUGUUCAAAGCGUACCGACACAUUUCACGUGCGGUGUAGAGAAAAAAGUCGAAGGAUAAGAACGAGAAGUUUGGAAAGUUACCACUCCUUAGGAAGAAUGGACAGGUAGGAGACGAUGAUGGAAUGAGAUAUGCCGUGCGCGCACGUACAUGCAAGGAGGAAAGGGAAGUGGGACUGGCUUGCCUUGUGCCACUUUGUACGUACGUACCGCUAUCGAGAUCGUAGUCUCGAUAUUCCGUGUCGAUUUUGUAAUAUUACCAGAUUCGUUUCUUCCCUCGCUGACAUUGGUGUUUCCCUCGUUAUCGCUGUCAAACCAGCAGCUUGUGCUCCCAUUUGCGGAUCUCUAGAUCGUUCCAUUAGAAUUUUUUUUUUUUUUUUUUUUUCUUGGAAAAAAGUUGAAAGAAACUUUCUGGUUAAACUGUUGUUACAUUUUGCAUACGGAAUGUUUUUCUAGCGUGCUCGGUGAACGAAACGAGAUAAUUUCAUUGGCCUCACAAAGAAAUUGGCAAGGCGUUAAGUAUCGGUUGAAAUCUGUGCGAGAAGCGGGGGCAAAAAAAAAAAAAGGAACAAGCGACGGGUGGACACAACAACCGCCAUUUUAUAGAAACCACCGCAUUGCCGGCCAUCUUUUCUAUAGCAACCGAAGCGUUCCCAUUUCCAUUCGGGAUUGCUUGAUUGGCUCGAAUUCCGUUCCACGCGCUGGUCUAAUUUUACAC